GGCAUUCUGGGAAACAGUGCUCGGUAUGAAUACAGUUAACAGCGACAACAGCAGCAGCAGCCACUGUGGAAGGAAGGCGACGAGAGAAACAACAACACCCAGCUAGUAGAGAAACAGCAAAUUGGUUUUUCAUAUCCGACUUCUGUUUUUUGUUUGUCCCUCUGUUGUCCGGGAGAAGCGGGCGAGGAGGCCAGCUAUGGCGGUUUAACGUUAGUCUCUGAAAUGCAACGGUGGACUUUAUCCACGCAGAGAGUUAUUUAGCUAACGACAGGAGUAAGUUAGCCUUAUAUUGAUUUAUGCUAAUGUGUUGACGUUAGCUGGAUGGCACUGCUGGUGGAGUUAUAAAAGUUGAUGUUCUUGCACCACUUCGAUGGUUCGAUGAUUUCUGGUCAUCUCAGUCUAAAGAAGCGUUUGGUUGUUUUGUCCCUGUCCUCACAGCUCGUCUCUUUCCUGCCCUGACAGCUCCCUCCAUCCAUUGACUCUACAUUGUCCUGAGCUGAAGGGUGACGACUCUGAAUAUGGCGAGUGUUUCGGACAGAGACAACAAAACUGGCACUUUAAAGUCAUUGGACUGGCACGUUGCCCAGCUAGUGUUCCCAAGAUAAACAUUGUUUAAUUGGACAAUUCGUGUAAUGGCCAAGGAGAGCGACGGGUUUUAUCUUUGUGUCUCACUACACAGUUAAGCCAUCUUCUUUAAAGUUCAUAAAUGCUUUCCUCUAUUGAAGCUCAAUAAAUUGAUAUUGACAUGGACUUGCGCUGGAUGUAAAGACUGUCUGGAAAUCUCAAACGUCACAGCUGUCUCCAGGUCGGACAGUUCACCUGAGCCCUGCAGCUGGUCCCCAGAGCUUACUUGAGGGCCAACAUGUCAAUGUCGGGGUCCACGACUGUGCAUCUUUUCACCAAGCUUGUCAAGCAUGCGAUGGGCAAGGCGCAGAUUCAGCUGAACCGCUGGCUGCAGAGGACUGCCACAGAUGAGUGUGACAAAAUUGACAUCCUGAUAUGCAGCGCCUUUGACGAGACUGGGGCCGGCAUAGGGAAGUCAGACGGUGACCCCGAGGUUAUCAGUGCCACAGGGGGAACGACCUUCAGCAACAGUGGAGAGUUCAGACAUCCAUGCUGUAUCACCACCUUUUGCUUCAAGAGCGCCUUGCUGGCAUGCGUCCUGACUGCUGUGUGCUUCUCCUCGGUGGCCCUCGUGCGCCAAUACCUCAAGGACCUCCUGCUCUGGGUGGAAAGCUUGGACAGCCUUGUCGGAGCCUUGCUGUUUAUAGUUGGGUUGAUUAUCGUGUCAUUCCCAUGCGGAUGGGGAUAUAUUGUUCUUAAUGUGGCCGCUGGCUACCUCUACGGCUUUGUGCUGGGCAUGGGACUAGUUAUGGUGGGAGUUUUAAUAGGGACCUUUGUAGCACACCUGGUGUGCAAACGACUAUUGACUGACUGGGUGCUGAACAAGGUUGGGAACAGUGAACAGCUCAGUGCUGUCAUACGAGUUGUGGAGGGAGGAAGUGGACUCAAAGUUGUGGCCUUAGCAAGACUCACUCCCAUACCUUUUGGGCUCCAAAAUGCAGUUUUCUCGAUCACAGACGUGUCCUUGCCAAACUACCUGGUGGCCUCCUCUGUGGGUCUGUUGCCCACUCAGCUUCUCAACUCCUACCUGGGCACCACGCUUCGCACCAUGGAGGAUGUCAUCGCUGAGCAGAGCGUCAGCGGCUACUUUGUGUUCAGCCUGCAGAUCGUCAUCAGCAUCGGCCUGAUGUUCUACGUCGUGCACCGGGCUCAGGUAGAGCUCAACGCAGCCAUCGCCGCCUGCCAGAUGGAGCUGAAGUCAUCACACAUGAACGGCUCCUCCACCAAUCACAGCGGCUUCACCUACUGCAGCAAGAGGGCGAUGGCUGGCGGUGGAAACUGCGUUAAUGUGGUGUGACGCACGAGACAGAAGCUCUUAUGACUUGGUCACUGAAUUGUAAGACUGCAGAGCUUAGGGGAACCCGCUGAGAUUAGACGGUGUCUGAAAUAUGUUGGUGGCGUGGUAUUUAAUUUUCAACAUCAUUAAAACCCUAAAAGCGUAUGUCUUGAGUCAUUAUGGUGUUUUAGAAGUGUGGGACCAGGCACCUUUGGAUAAAAUGGUGCUGAUGGAAAUGGUUUUGCAGUACAUUAUGUUGGGAGUUUUUUUAAUUUAUAUUAAGGAUAUGUCAAUGAAAUGACGAUGUUUAGAAAUAACAGACGUGGCUAAGCGAGUAAUACAAAAAUAGCAGGCAGUUAAUGUCUAGCUAACACUAUGAAUGUGCAAUCUGGAGCUUUCUAGAGAACCAAGGAAUUGUUUUUCCAUUUCAGUGUCAAAAGAAUGCCAACCUAUGCACCUUUCUUUCAUACUACAUCUGUUUUUGUUUUAUUUUAAGAGAUUUUAUGAUUUGUCUACAUCCAGUGCUAAUUCACAAUACAAAUGAUAAGGGCAUUAUUAAUAUUUUUGAAAAAUUUGGCUGUUUAGUCCAGUUCAUUUGUGUUCAAGUGUCUUAUUUUUGAAAUUUCGAGAGAGGGGGAAAGCUCUCACUGAGCAGUGCCGGCCUCUCCGACUGUGAUUUCUGCUGACUUACAGCCACAUCAGCUGAAUUGGCCUUGCCUGCCCGGAGAUCAUUUAAGUGCUUCUGCAGUUUUGAUAAGAGCAGCUGGAGAGGAGAGCAGAUUUCACAGCAGGAAACUCAGGAAUGUUUCUGCCAGGAAAGUUGAAGUGCAGCGUGAUCAGCUCCCCGGUAGCACAGCCACAUGUUCUGCUACAGAAAGAUUCCCACACUGAACUGAAACUGAGAUGUCAAGUGUUCCUGUAAAUGUUUAUAAUGCAUUUUGGAUUUUACAUUUGUUUUUGUUUAGCAUUUUUAUUUAGCUGUUAGGAUAAUUACAUAGUUUUUGCUUAAGAUUGUAGUUUAGACAAUUCUGUGCAAUACGAAGAACAGUGACAAAAUGGCAUGAAUGUCAUAUUUCAGUGCUGAAACCAAACUAAUCAGAGAUGCUCUCACGCAUACAAAAUAACACAAACCUACGUCUGUGUUUAUUAAAGGUUUUACUUACUUUAUAGACUAGUAAGCUAGAUGAGAUUAAAGAGGCUCUUAUUUUUUAUGUGCCAUAAUUUGAUAAAUCUUAUCAGAUGCCAUGACAUUGAGCUGAGGCUACAUGUGACUUAUGACUUACUUUAUUUUAUUACUUAAUGUUGCUGGUAAUUCUAGAAAUUAUCUGUGAACAAUUUUUGUGUUUUAGCUCUUAAAAAUACAACAAAAUUCUCAUGCUGUAGGUUCCUUUGCAACAGACAAAACAUUAUUUUCAUACAGAUAAGUUAAACUAGGAAGGGGUUUGGUUGGUCAAAAGUUGAAAAUGAUGUGUCUCAGAAGCCGACAAUCAAACACAACAUGGACACUAAGUGAUGAAUGUGAUGAUACAUUUUAUUUUUUACAAAAAUUAUUGUGAUGCUGCUCCUCAAACAAAGUCUGACUGAGGAAUAAUAAGGGCUCCUAUAUGAAGAAUCCAUCUUUAUGUCCCUGUAUUUGUUCACAAAAGCCUGUUUUGUAAUGCUGGCACACCUUUUUAUUUUUCGUUUUAAUUUUUAUACUACUGUUUCUUCGUCAAAGCCAGAUUUAGUGAUCGCCCAAACACAUUCCAUGCUGUCAGUCCUCUGAAAAGCUGUAGAGUUAUUUUCAAGCUAAAUGUUGGUUGAAAGGGCCCCUUCCUGUCUGAAACUUAGCAAUAAUGUUUGUAAGCAAAAAAUAUGAUAGCAGUCCAGUGUUGGGAAUAGCUGUUUACGUCCAGUAUUAAAGAUCUGAUCGUAAUUUAUUUUUUUUCCAAAAGUGAACAAAAACUGCAUUCGAGUUGUUAGUUGAUCCAUGUUCUGCUGUGAGGUUGAGUAUCAAUAUUCCCAGGUUUGUGUUACAGUGUUCAACCUGCCUGUUACCUUCCGCUGCCUCUGACAGACAUUUCUGCGCUGCCAAUAGUGUGGAAGAGACACACAAACAUCUGAGAUCAGAACAGCUUGUUCAGCACCUUCUUUGGAGAGUCCCUAAACCUAUUGAUCGCUUAUUGGUGUUUAGCGAUGAGCCACUCACUCCUGUCACAUAAAAAGCUUCUGAAUCCAUCCCAGACAUUUUCCAGUUCCUUACUUGGAUUGAAAGUUUACGCAGAGAGAGAGAUGAGCACAUUUUAUGGCAGCGAGAUUUAUCAAAUCUGCUCACCACUCUAACUUUCUCACUUGUUAAAGGCGUGGAAGUGAGUUUUUCUCAGUUCCUGAUGAGAUGUUGUAAAUAUACACGUCUUUCCACCUGACAGCAGUGACAUUUUUUAGGCGGUGUCCCUACCCUCCAAACAAAGUGUGAUUUGAUGAAGCUGUUCUGCUCAGACGUGGGAAAGUAGUGGAUGUUAUACCAUGUUUAAUGCAAAAAUCAAAUACAUGAAACUUGAUCGGCCUUCGUGGACACACUUCAUAAUAUUUUAGUCUCUUAACUGGGACUUGUGAUUGUGAAAAAAUGAGCAGUUUUACAGUAGAGGCUUUGGUUCUUCCUAGGUGGGCUCUACUUAGAUAUAGUUAUGCAACAACUGAUUCCUAAGGGAAGUAUAUUUCAUAGACACCCACAUAAGACCUGAACCUGGGAUGUAACUGCACACCUGAACUGUUUUAGAGUUGUGCAGUGUGAUAUCAUUAACUUAAAGGGUCAAGUUGAGGGUAUCGUUUGGUGCUAUGAAAUGCAAUACUUCCCAUCUGUAUCAAGUGCAUUACACACAUGCUGUAUUUUGUAAUACAGAGAAUUUUACAGUGUAUAAAUAUAUUUAUCACUGUAUGAUGCUUGUUCACUGUUAUUUAUGAGAGAAAAUAAAACCUGUCCGAUUUUGUUACAAAA